UCGUGGUGCCCCCUGCUGGUCUGCCUCAGGUACAGAAGGGUGACCUCUGUGCCAUUGCCUUGCUGGGGAACAGCUUCCUUUUGGAGCAAGUGCUUUCCUGCUCUAAUCACAACUUUUAGCUGAAGAGCAGCUGACAUAGAGUGAGCAGUGUCGGCUAUUAAAUGUGCCCCUAAAGGAUCCUCAAAAUGAGAUUUUCAGCACAGGUUGUUUGGCUUAUGUGGUGGACUGUUUGUGUUGCAGAAGAGAAACGUUGUGAUUUUCCAGAAAUAAAACAUGGACUACUACACAAUGAAUAUAACUAUAGACGAGACUUUCCAGUAUCUGUAGGAAAAAAAUAUUACUAUUCCUGUGACCACAAUUUCGUGACAGAUAAAAAACAGAACGGGGGAUAUAUUCAUUGCACACAAGAAGGAUGGUCACCAGCAGUACCGUGCCGCAGACAAUGUAUUUUUAAUUAUUUGAUAAAUGGAGAAUAUCCAUAUCCAGCAAAAAUGUAUUUCCAAGGUGACUCUGUAAGUGUUAACUGCUAUGCUGGCUACAGUCUUCAAAAUGAGCAGACUGUAAUGACCUGUACAGAAGAUGGCUGGGUGCCUGCUCCCGAAUGCCUUCCUCCUGGGAAUCGUUGUGAUUUUCCAGAAAUAAAACAUGGUAGUCUACACCAUGAAAGUAACUAUAGACAAAACUUUCCAGUACGCGUAGGAGAAAAAUAUUGGUAUUCCUGUGAUCAAAAUUUUGUGACUGUUUCACAAAAGCCCUGGGAACAUAUUCAUUGCACACAAGAAGGAUGGUCACCAGCAGUACCAUGCCGCAGACAAUGUAUCUUCAAUCAUUUGAAAAAUGGAGAGUAUCCAAAACAAGGAGUUAAAUAUGUACAAGGUGAAAAUGUAAGCGUUAACUGCAAUUCUGGCCACAGUCUUCAAAAUGAGCAGACUGUAAUGACCUGUACAGAGGAUGGCUGGUUCCCUCCUCCUGAAUGCAUUCCUCUCAAAACAUGUUCAAAAUCAGAGAUAACAAUUGAAAAUGGAUUUUUUUCUGAAUAUGAACCUACAUAUUCCUUAAAUAAAGAAACACAGUAUCAAUGUAAACCAGGAUAUGUAACACCAGAUGGUAAAACUUCAGGACCGGUUACAUGUCUGGAAAGUGGAUGGUCACCUCAACCCACAUGUAUUAAAUCUUGUGACAUGCCAGUAUUUGAGAAUGCCAAAGCCAAAAGCAGUGGCACGUGGUUUAAACUCAAUGACAAGUUGGACUACGAAUGCCACGAUGGAUACGAAAGCCAAGAUGGGCGCGCAGGUUCAAUAGUGUGUGGGAACGAUGGUUGGUCUCAUAAACCAGUAUGUUAUGAAAUAGAAUGCAAGAUUCCUGAAAUCGAAGAUACCUUAAAUAUUCAGCCUAAAGAAGACAAAUAUAAAGUCGGAGAUGUGUUGAAAUUCUUCUGCACACAAAGACUUCAAAGAGUUGGACCAGAUUCAGUUCAGUGUUACGACUUUGGAUGGUCCCCUAAUCUUCCAACAUGUAAAGAGCAAACAAAACAGUGUUCUCCACCUCCUCAACUCCUUAAUGGGAAAGUUAAAGAAACACAGAAAGAAAACUAUGAACACAACGAUUUGGUGGAAUAUGUGUGCAAUCCUAGAUUUCUGAUGAAGGGUGUUAAUAAAAUUCAGUGUGUUGAUGGACAGUGGACAGACUUGCCUAUUUGUAUUGAGGUGGAGACUACAUGUGGAGAUAUACCAGAACUUAAUUACGGCUACGCUGUUCAGACUUCUAACCCUCCCUAUCACCAUGGAGAUUCAGUGGAGUUCAAUUGCAGAGAAGGAUUCACAAUGAUUGGACAGAAAUCAAUUACAUGUAUAAGUGGAUUAUGGACCCAACUUCCUCAGUGCAUUGCAACAGAUGAACUUCAGAAGUGUAAAUACAGCUUAAUUAUACGUGCGGCGAAUCCAUUAUACAAGACCAAAUUUGAUCAUAAUGAGAAGAUAAGUUACAAAUGUAGAGGAAAAUUAGAACAGAAACACUCAACGUGCAUAAAUGGAAGAUGGGAUCCUGAACUAACCUGCACAGAAGUACAAAUGCAGUCAUGCCCACCUCCACCUCAGAUUCCCAAUGCUCACAAGAUGGCAACGACGGUAAAUUAUCAGGAUGGAGAAAAAGUAUCUGUUGUCUGUCAAGACAAUUAUAUAAUUCAGGAUGCAGAGGAAAUCGUGUGCAAGGAUGGAAGAUGGCAGUCAAUACCACACUGCGUUGAAAAAAGCCCAUGUCCUCAACCACCUCAGAUAGAGCAUGGAACCAUUAAAUCAUCUCCAUUUUCAGAAGAGAUGGACGAACCAUUGAAACCUGAGGUUUAUGUACAUGGCACCAAAUUAAAUUACAGUUGCGAGGAUGGUUUCAGGAUAUCUGGAAAAGAUGAGAUAACGUGCCACAUGGGAAAAUGGAGUUCUCCACCUCGGUGUGUAGGACUUUCCUGUGCGCCACCACACUUGAUUCCACAUGGUAUUCUGUCUCAUGUAUCAGACAGUUACCAAUAUGGAGAAGAAGUAACGUACAAAUGCACCGAAGGUUUUGAGAUUAAUGGACCUGCAUUCAUAAGAUGUAUAGGAGGAAAAUGGUCCCAUCCACCAGAGUGCAAAAACACGGAUUGUUUUAGCUUACCCGACUUCGGUAAUGCCACACCCAUAGGCCAGAAGAAGACGUUAUAUAGGUCAGGAGAAAAAGUGACUUAUAAAUGUCCAAAUAAUUACCUUUUGGAUGGGCCAAAUACUAUCCAGUGUAUUAACAGCCAAUGGAUAGGAAAGCCAAUAUGCAGAGAUCCUAAUGAAAACUGUGGGCCCCCUCCGCCUCUUGACAAUGGAGACAUGACCACAUUCCCAAAAUCAGAAUAUCCUCCAGGAUCAUCGGUUGAGUACCGGUGCCAGUCCUUGUAUGUGCUUGAGGGAAACAAGGUCAUCACAUGCAGAUAUGGACAGUGGUCAAAACCACCAAAGUGCUUAGAUGUGUGUAUAAUAUCAGAAGACUCCAUGGAAAGACAUAACAUACAAUUACGAUGGUCUUCUGUGAAAAAACUGUAUUCCCCAACAGGGGAUACUGUUGAAUUUGAAUGUAAAACUGGAUAUCGUAGCCAGACAUCACAACAAACAUUCCGAGCAACCUGUUGGGAGGGGAAGCUGACCUAUCCUGUUUGUGUAAAAAGCAAUGGUUAAGAUGCAGUCCUAAAACUAAAAUAUGUACAAUAUUGAGAAUCUUUCAUUGUCAAUCCAACUCAGUUUAUUUUGUCAAGUGUUAUUUAGCUCAUUUACUUUCAUAAAUCAGAAUUUGUGUUAAAUAUUAUAUGGAUGAUGUAAUUAAAUCUGAGAGACAGGGGCGCCUGGGUGGCGCAGUCGGUUAGGCGUCCGACUUCAGCCAGGUCACGAUCUCACGGUCCGUGAGUUCGAGCCCCGCGUCGGGCUCUGGGCUGAUGGCUCAGAGCCUGGAGCCUGUUUCCGAUUCUGUGUCUCCCUCUCUCUCUGCCCCUGCCCCGUUCAUGCUCUGUCUCUCUCUGUCCCAAAAAUAAAUAAACGUUGAAAAAAAAAUUAAAAAAAAAAUCUGAGAGACAAAUAAAUCACAUCUUAAAAGUACCUCAUUAAAACUUGGCAAACCAAAA